UAAUUCAAUUUCUCUCACAUGUCACAAUAUUUUUAAGGUUCUCAAAUUAAUAAACUUCAUUUCUUUUUCCAAUUAAACCAAUUGAAGUUAUUUGUAAAAGAACACACAUUAUCAUGGCUUCCUCGAACUGGACACCUUCCUCCUGGCGCUCGAAACCGAUAAAACAACCGGCAGCGUACCCGGACCCCAGCGCCGUUAGCCGUGCCACAUCCGAGCUAAGCCGGCUGCCACCUAUCGUGCAUCCGCUUGAAAUUGCCCGGCUCAAGGCUAGUCUACGCGAUGUUGCCCGGGGUGAAGCAUUCCUAUUACAGGGUGGUGAUUGUGCCGAAUUGUUUGACUACUGCCGCGCCGAUGCCGUCGAGUCUAAGAUCAAGCUACUCUUGCAGAUGAGUCUUGUACUCGUCUGGGGUGCUGACAAACGUGUUGUUCGUAUCGGUCGUAUGGCUGGCCAAUAUGCCAAACCCCGAUCUAGUCCCAAUGAGAAGGUUGUCAUCAAUGGUGAGACGAAAGAGGUACCCUCGUUCCGUGGUGAUAUCUUGAAUGGUUACCAUCUCGAGGAUCGUGACUUAGAUCCUCAGAGACUUGUUAAGGCCUACCACCACUCAGCCGCAACGCUCAACUACGUACGAGCUUCUCUCGCAGCUGGAAUCGCAGAUCUCCACCGCCCCCUAAAUUGGAGUUUAGGUCAUGUCAAGGACCCCCAACUGAAGGCCAAGUAUACCGAAGCCGUGCGCUUCCUACAAGACAUGCUCCGUUUCAUGCACACCAUCGGAGCAGACCGUAGUCCCAAACUAGACACCGUGGACUUGUACACCAGCCACGAAGGUCUACUUCUUGAAUACGAAGAAAGCCUCACACGGUUAAUGGAAAAGCCCAUAUUCCCAGGAGACGAUGAAAACACCAUUUCCAACGGCACCACCACCCUAGAAGAACCAAAGAAAGAGUACUACGACACCUCAGCACACUUCCUCUGGAUCGGAGACCGCACGCGCCAAGUCGACGGCGCACACGUCGAAUUCUUCCGCGGUAUCGCGAAUCCAAUUGGUAUCAAAGUCGGUCCCACAACACCAACCUCGGACCUAUUAUCUCUUCUCCGCACUCUCAAUCCCUCCCUCGAAGUCGGUAAGAUCACACUAAUCACCCGCUACGGCGCCGCGAAGGUACGCGAAUUGUUACCCGGUCACAUCCGAGCAGUCGAGGGGUCCGAGUACAAGGGUCGGUGUAUCUGGCAAUGCGACCCGAUGCACGGAAACACACGGUCAACAGCGACGGGGGUUAAGACGCGGCGGUUUGGGGAUAUCUUCGAUGAGUUGAAGGAAACACUACGCGUGCACCGCGAAGAGGGUAGUUACCUAGGUGGAGUGCACCUCGAACUAACAGGCGACGCCGUAACCGAGUGUAUGGGUGGUAGCGAGGGACUCGAUGAGGAUGAUCUAAGCACCAACUACACAAGUUUCUGUGAUCCGCGGCUGAACGAGAAGCAAGCUCUUGAACUCGCGUUCUUGGUUGCUGAUUCGUACCGUCAAGAGAGGAAGGACUUGUUCAGUUAAAAGGGGUGAAGAGUAGGACGCCCUUCAGAGUGGAUCUAAGAUUGAUGAUUUGCAGACAAGUAAAUGACGAUAUUAUUGAAGUACGCUCCUAAGGAAUCUCAUAUAGCUCCUCCUUAUCUAGCUAUCUCCAGAUACCUAGCGGUAAAAAUAUAGAACUUAGCGA